AUGGAGCUCUCCGCGUGCAGGGGCCGCUCGCUGCCCGUGGUGAUCCUGCUGUCGCUCGCUGCCGGUGCGAACGCCUUCCAGGAGAGCGACGUCACGGGGUUCCUGCAGACGGCCAUCUCCGUGGAUGAGCAGAAGGCCCCUCUGGAGGCGGCGGAGGAGCAGGGCACGCCCGCGCCGAGGACGGUCGUUGAGGUCAACACCCUGAACUCCAGCGACACGACGGCGCUUCUCACGGCCCCAGGGAGCCAUGCCGCGUUGCCGGUGGCCAGCGAGGACGCGACGGCAGGCCGCGGGUGGUUGGAGGACCGCUUCUACCUGAGAUUCGCAGUGGUUGCCGAGUUCGUGCUGCUCUGCGUGGUCAUCGGCAUGGUCGUCAGCAUCACCGGUUCUGGCCGAGAAGCUGCGGAGAGCAAGAAGACCGUCAAGAAGGAGGUCGCUGGACAGAGCACCUGCCAGCGGAGUCCUUGUCCAGGGCGGCGCGGUGAGAAGACAUGUGCUUCCCGAAGGGGGCGGGGGCGGUGCUGCCGCUGGGGUCAGGAGCUCCGGCCAUGA